AAAAAUCGAGCUUGGCUUAUAUAGAUACUGUAGAAUUUAGGCCUAUACAGGCUAGGUCAGGUCAAAUUCAAGUCAGGUCAGGCUUUUAUUUGAUUUGGUGAAGUCGCUGACCUGAGUUCCUUAGGAUUCCACAAAAUUUUCACUCUGCAAAGCAAAGAUUUCUUUCUUUACCCAAAUGAUCAGCCUAUCCAUCAAAGGAGGAAAACCUUUUGCGUCCAGAAGAUCCAAUACCUGUUCAUGAAAUCGGUAUCAUACCAUGUGCGAUCCAAAUCAGGGGCCCAGUGCACCUAGCAAACGCGCCAGAAAUAAAAGAUCUCAAACCUUGAAACUAAAACAAGACGCCAAAUCUGAUAAAGAGACGCUUAAACCCAAGGAAGUUGGAUACUUCAAUCCUUCCCUCAAAGACCCUCACAAUACUGGUGUUGUUGCUGUAGGAAGAUAUACGGUCUUUACCAAUGUCUUUACCUUUACAGAUCGCCUAAGACAGCUCGCGGCCUCUCAUGGGGAGAAAAUAGUCAAGGCAGUAUGGGUAAGUUGUCUUCAGGAGACGGCGCUGGCAUGGUAUAUCACGGAGCUUACGGAUAUGGAGAGAGAUGCUCUUCAACGCUCGGGUCUUGACAGGAUUAUCUGCCAACUCAUCAAAGCGUUUCGCAAAUCACCCAGCGAGGCUUUGCAGAGUCUAAAGUCAGCGUCCCUCACACUGUUAGACUUGAAACAAGGCAAACGAUUGAAGCCUUUUGUUUACGGUAUCAUUCAAGAUGCUAGGGCUUGCGAUAUACCACCUAAGAUCCAGUUGCUGUAUGCCUUCGAGGCGUUCGAUGCAGAAAUCCAAUCCCAGAUUUUAAAGCCUACAGAUAAGACUACGCUUGGAGAAUUCUUCCGACAAAUUGGCGAAAGGGAGAGUAUUCUUCUGGCCAAGGCUAGACAAAUAUCCAUGCCUCAGAAUGUUCAGCCUGCAGCCCAACAUCAGAUCGUACCUGUCCCUUCCAACACGUAUAGUCGUGCACAGAGCCACCAGCUCCCCCAAAUAUGCCCUCCAUCUCAACAAGCUUUCUCCAAGCAGCUAUACAGCCAGAAACCCUCAGUGCCUUAUGUUCCUGCCAGCCUUGGUCAGGUUUCAAAUCCCGGAACAUAUCCCUUUGGAUCACAGGGUCAAAGUAAUCCCCUAAGUGGGAGUACCGGAAGUGGAGGCCAACAGCAAAGCCAGCGCGAGUUGCAGAGAUAUUCUAAAAGCCAUGUUUGGCCCCCGAGAUAUCCCGAAUACGACAGGGACUCAAGCCCGGAUUCGCAAUAUCCAGAUUCUGAUGCUAACGACGAAGAAUUUAUGAGUCCGGAUCCGUUUCAACAAGUCAUGGAUGAUCUGGAGAAAUUCGGAUUCGACGAUUUCAAAAUAUCCGAAGCCGAGUUCGAGAAGACCAGUAUAGAAUACCGUACCCCAUUAUACUCCCCAGAAAACCCCCAGGCACAAAAUGAAUUCGGAGACUUGGUAGAUUACGGCACAGUUAUUGCUCGUGUAGAACACUCGCAAUGCGACCUUUAUGGCACAUCAGGAGGAUUUCCUGCCCAUUAUCAUGAGGAGAAUAUAAUAAUGACGGCUGCCAUCCUAGACAUGGACUAUAGGAGCUCGUCCCCGGAGUUGAACCGCUGGGUUACCGAGCUAGACUCGGAUUUCGAAGAAGAAGAAGAAUACGGUUCCAUAAUCAAGGACGGGUGCCCCGUUGGUUUUCCCGAUUCGCCAGGCGGCUUUCAGAGCCAGUGUUUCGAUGAACAGAAGUACUACAGCGGACCCGAUAGUCAAGAAGAUUGUGGCGACCGGAAUGGUUACGGAGGCCAUGGCGGCUACGGCGACUGCCACGACUAUGGCGGUUAUAACGGCUGUAACGACAAUGAUGGCUGUAAUAAUUACGAUAGCUAUGACAACGGUGGUGGUUAUGACAGCGGCGGUUACGACGAUGGUGGUUACGAUGAUAGUAGCUAUGAUGACGACGGCGAUUAUGAUGACUAUAGUGACUAUUGAUACAUACAGGUCUCCUCAUGCGAGUACUCCUUGGUAGUCUCACUCUGAUUCGGCGAUUAAAACUCUUAAACUCCAAAAUGACGCCCCGGAG